CAGGAUUAGGGAGUUUAUCUCUUCAGCUAUAGGUGCACGUAGGGCAGCCUAUAGGGCUGAUUGAUAUCCUAGCUGAUCUGUAGUUUCACAUCACCUGACCCUCAGUGUGAGGCUGUGUGUGUGUUAAGGCUUCUAGAAACCACAAGGUCCUGUUUCCUUUAAGGAGACGGGACAAAGCAGUGGUAACCUCCUCCUACGCGUUUCACUCCCAAAAAAGGUGCUUCACCAGAGAUCAGUGACUGUUUUGUCUAUUCUGAUAUGAUGACCACAGACCAGGAGGAACACUAUUAACCAAAGUUACAAAAGGCACUAAGUUGAAACACCAUAAACACAAAGCACUUUAAGAUUUAUGUCCUGCACCCUGGAGAAAGCUGAGUUAAAGAACAACGUGGACUGAUACUUAGAGAACAUUGACUCUCACCAGAUGCGUGAGCAGCAUGAUGUUCAGAAAUUUGCUGCAAUGUGGCUCAACCAAGAGGACAUUAAUACUAGUUAUAUUUAUCUGGAAUAUGAUGUUUGUGUUCUACUUUCAUGGCUCUGUCAAAUUAAAACCUCAAACUAACCCUCUAACAGUCCUAAUAUGGCACUGGCCAUUUGACCGACCUUUGGAACUCUAUGAUAACAUUUGCUCAGAUAUUUAUGGAAUCAACAACUGCCAUCUAACAGCCAACCGUAGCAGAUACAAUGAUGCAGAUGUAGUGGUGUUUCACCAUAGGGAGCUUGAUCGGAAGAGUAAUGAUUUACCUUCAGGAAUUAGACUCCCUGGGCAGAAGUGGGUUUGGGCAACACUAGAGUCUCCAUCUAACAUUAAAAAGCUUUGGAAAUGGAAUAACAUUUUUAACUGGACUCUGAGUUACCGGAAUGACUCAGACAUUUUUGCACCAUAUGGGAUGAUGGUUUCUCAUACUCCCCUUUCCACAUAUUUUAAUGGCCCCAUCAAGACAGGUCUGGUUACAUGGGUGAUUAGUAACUAUCAUCAUUCUCAAGAAAGAGCUUCAUUCUUCAAAAAUGUAUCUUCCUACCUCAAGGUUGAUGUGUAUGGACGAGCAGCCAAAAAGCCUUUAUGUCCGUCUUGCCUCCUUCCCACUGUGUCUCGUUACUACUUUUACCUCGCCUUGGAAAACUCCAUACACCGUGACUACAUAACAGAAAAGCUCUGGAAGAACUCAUUCAUUGCUGGGGCAGUUCCUAUUGUAUUGGGGCCACCUCGACACAACUAUGAAAAAUUUAUACCUCCUGACUCAUUUAUCCACAUCUCUGACUUCCCAUCACCAGAACACUUAGCAAACUUUUUGGAGUCCAUGACCACACAACAAUACCAACAAUUUUUCCGCUGGCGGAAACAAUAUUCUGUUAAAACAUAUACAGACUGGAGAGAACGUUUCUGCACUAUCUGCUCCAAAUAUUCCAGUUUACCACCAGCCAAAGUAUACUCAGAUUUGGAAGGAUGGUUCAUGGAUUAUUAAAAAAAAUAAUAUAUAUAUAUUAUUAUUAAUAAUAAUAAUAAUAAAAAUUAUAUAUAUAUAUAGUAUAUGGAAACAAAGAAAGUGAAUGUCCCAAAUAAGGUGCAUUUAAAAGACUAGGAUACUGCACACAUACUGUUAGAAAUUAGAUCAAAACAGGGUCACUUGUUCAGCUAAAGCACAAAAUGUUUAAUAAAUAAAUGAAUAUACAAAUAAUUAACACUAAAAAUACCUGAAUGGGACCCUCACAACAGGAACUAAGGCCGGCUUACAUCCUAAUGUGGUGCACUACUAAUAAAAUGUUUGGUAAUAGGGCACAAGUUCAAGUCAGUGCAUCAAAAGUCUGGCAGCACAAGCAAAAAGACCGGUCGGUUCCAAACAAAAUAUAACCUCCUCCCAGUAAAUUUAAAGGCAGUAUCCACAAGAGCUGUGAAGGGGAGCAUGACACAUUUCAUUUAAACAGGUAGACUACUACCAGAGUGUCCUCCGACUCCACCAAUCACCACUUCGAUACCUGAAUUUUCUUACGUGGCCGCUCCUCCAGACUGUAAUCUGCUCAAUCAGCGUGCCUUAAUGGUACUGGAGUCCGUGGGGGGGUUUCACUAUAGGUAUGCUGCAACACACCAACAUGUCCUAUCAUGCGUUUCGCUCUUCCAUACACGCAGUCAGGAGCUUCUUCCAGGUGAUUAUUAGUUUGGAGGAGAAGCCACUUAAAGUGAAGGUAAACUUAGCAGGAUUCGAUUAUAGUCAACGUUAAUACUAAUAAAAUAAAUGGUACUUUAAUUCAUGAUUUUUUUCAAUUUCAUAUAUUAAGAGAGUUAUCACCUUAUUUGUUUCUAUAUCGUUGCAUUUCCCAAACAACCCGUUUUUUUUUUGUUUUUUUUAAAUCUGUCCAGUCACGUUUUGUCAUCAUCCAAUAGUAAGUCUGGCCAUUAGGCGCCCGUCAUUUGACGUCACAACAGUUCUUGUCCUUCUGCGCAUGCGUUUGGAUUACUUCAUGUCCAUUCUAAGCCGGGCUCGCUCCAGAUUCGCGCCUGCGCAGAUAAAAGCAAGCACUGACUACGUCGUCUGUCGCAAAGGAUUUCAGUCACGCAGGCACAAAUAGAACAUAGGGCGAAGUGUGCGCAUGCGUAAAUUGUCCGGGAAGCGAGAACGUGCUUUUGAAGAACGUAUAGAGCGGGUGGGACCGCUCUGUACGUAAUAGACUGAAAAACCAGGAAAUUCAUGGAGGGAGGAGCUAAUAAUGGAAGCGUGAGUAAAUAAAAAUACUUUAUAAUACAAUCAUAUAUAUUGAAAUAGUUAAAAAUAAAAUAGCGAUCAUACUAUAUAGCAUAUGCCAAAUAUAAUAAAGCUUAAAAAACAGGAAAACUUUACCUUCACUUUAAGAAAAUACAGGUAUCAAAGGUUGUAAGCCGGCCUUAGUUCCUAUAGUGAGGGGCCCAUUAUGGCAUUUUU